GAGAUAAAUAGAGAGCAAAAGGGAGUUAGCGCGCCACACAUGCACACACGCCCACAAGACGCCCAGAUACGCCCACGGAAAGACACUGAGAGGCUCUGGAGGGAUGAGAGGCAAUGGAGGCGCCACAUAACACCACGCCCACACCCACAAACGCGCCUGCACACCCGCACACCCCCAUAACGCCCGCAGAUGUUGGGGGUCUGUUGUCUCUCUAUGCCAAGACACCUUAUGAUUCCAGAGAGACGGUUGUUAAGACACAGCAAAUACUGACCCGCUGUCUGGAACUCAUACAGCUCGACUACAAAUGUUUGGUCGUCCCAAACACAAACAGCGAAUUAUGCAGCAGUUACCCCAGCCAGUUGAUCAUCCCUGAGGUGGAACGCGACAACAAGACCACCACCACCACCACCACCACCACCACCACCAGCCCCCAGCCCCCACCACCCCAUGCCUGCCCCCUCACCCUAGCUUCACCCUCGCCACUCCUCCCAGCCCCCUCCUUCUCCUCUGUGGUGUCGAGGGGGGUGGGUACUAGUGGUGGUGGUGGUGGUGGUGCAAAUUCAGUGGAAGGUUCAGGACCACCACCACCACCGCCGCCGCCACCACCAUCGUCAUCAUCAGAAGGUCAAACGGAUGGGUCAAAACUACGCGACCUAAUACUGAAGGCCAAGUUUGCAAGAUGCCGAGCCAGAUUUCCUAUACCUGUCAUCCUCUACCGGGGAAAUUAUGUCUGCAGGUCCUCCACACUGGCAGGGGGUCCGGAAAUGUAUGGUCGGUCUGGCAUAGAGUACCUCCUCACUGCCGCCAUUUCUGGGAAGACGGAAGAGGAGGUGGAGGAUGAUGAGGUGACCCAGACAAACAGCGACUGGCAACUCUUUGAUCGUGUUAGGUCGCAGGAUAUACGACUACUCAAAUCCUGCAAUGUCGGAGUUAUAGUUGACCUUAUGGUGGAAAAAAAGAAGGUCAAGUAUGGUCUCAAUGUAACCUCUUCGGAGAAAGUGGACAAGGAGAACCGUUAUGGGGAGUUCAGCAUUCUGUCCCUGCCUUACCCUGGGUGUGAGUUCUUCAGGGAGUUCAGAGACAGUGGCUACACGGCUGAUGGUCUGGCAAUCAACUGGAACCAGACCUUUAUGGAUGCACAGCUGGUCAUUCCUGAGCAGGCCAUGUCCAGAAGGGUUGCCAAUGACUGGAAUGCUUACCGGAAAUGGGACCUGGUGCGACUGACCCAGAACUAUCUACGGCUGCUUCUGACCUACAUCCACGAGGGCAGUGAGGGUCUGCUGGUGCACUGCAUAUCAGGCUGGGACAGGACACCACUCUUCAUCUCUCUGCUGCGGCUCUCUCUCUGGGCUGAUGGCCUCAUACACCCCUCCCUCGGCCCUGUGGAGAUUCUGUACCUAACAGUGGCGUACGACUGGCUUUUGUUUGGCCACGACUUGAAGGACAGACUGGCCAAGGGAGAGGAAAUAUUCUUCUUCUGCUUUGAUUUCUUGAAGUACAUCACUGCUGAGGAGUUUGCCGUGGGGAAGAGGCGCCACCACUCCAGUGACAGCGGUGGCGGCGGCGGCGGCAGCAGCGGCCUUCUCCUCCUCCUAGAUGGCGAUGGCUUAAGCCCAGCUGGUUCCUCUGCCUCCCUCACCUCCUCCUGCUCCUCCAAUCGCUCCGCGCCGCCCCUCCCCCCUCGCUACUUCCGUGCGGAGGGGGGGGCUGGUGGUCUAGGGGCUGGGGGGUCAGGGGCUGGGUCUGGGGCACACCUAACAUGGCCCUAUGGAAGUGAUACAAGUGAUUUGGAUCUUGAUGAUUUUUCCCCUGGGUUAAGCCGGGCGUCGUCAGCGUCCUCGGCGAAGGGCAUGGGGUUCCUGGGGCGUGUAGGGGACGUGGAGGGGCGGCCGGGGCACCAGGGACACACACACACGCCUCAUAAUACUGUAGGGGCAGAUGUAACGCGUCAGUCAGUCAGUUGGACACGAUCGCGAAACACACACAGUGACUCAAGCGGGGAGAGCACCUCAGGCCUAGAUCCGCCCCCAGAGGACCCGCCCCGUGCAUCCACCAGCCCCGUCGCUGUCCCAGUCCCCCGGAACAGGCACGCCCCAGCCCCGCGAUGCCGCCAGGAGUCGCUUUCCUCGGUCGGUUCAUGGCAGAUCAUUUCCACCACUGGGAGUCUGAGAGGGUCGCCAGGCACCUCCUCUGCUGGGUCUGCCGCCGCCGCUGCUGCUGCUGCUGCUGCUGCGUCACAUGGCUCUGUUACCUCGAGGUCGUCUAGUGUAUCUGUUGGGUCAGACUUGAUAGACUCAGCCUGCACAGUGAAGGAGGUUGGCGGCAGCAGCAGCAGCAGCCUGGCGCCGGACCAUCCCCCCUCCACCCACUCCAAGCGUCCUGAGAGGCUAGCCAAGGUGCGGUCAGUGUUCUACAAUCAGUAUGUCACCGCCAUUGGCUUCUCCACCUGCAACGGACGCCACGACACGGGACUCGGAACGCUUGUGUCAAAUUUUGCUCAGAAAGUUGGCAUCAGACCUGUUGCCACAAGACCCACCUAGCAGUUUGACCUUGCCUGACCUCUGUGUGUGACCUCUGUGUGACCUUUGACCUUAGGGGUGUUUUGGUGUAUUUUGUAGGGUUUUUUUCUUUCUUUUUUUUUUUUUUUUAAGUUAUUUUUUGGGGUAUGUUUGUCUGUUUGUUUGUUUGUGAUGUUUUUUUUCUAUUGAUGCAUUCCGUGUGUGUGUGUGUGUG